AUGAAUAACAACAAUAGUAGUAGUAGUACAAACGGUCAUGGUAGUUCUGAAUCGAAUGGCACAGAAGCAUUAGAUAGUAAUGGAUUUCAUAAAUUAGAUUGUAGUUGGACGAUAUGGGUUGUAGAUCCCACCAGAAAGAUUACAACACAAUCAAAUACAGCUAACCAAACCUCACAUGAUGACUACAUGUCAAGUCUAGAGAAUCUAGGUUCUUUUGAAACAGUAGAAGAUUUUUGGAUAUUAUAUCAUAAACUUAAACCACCCUCAAAGAUGGCACACGACGAAACUUAUCAUAUAUUUAAAACAGGUAUCAAUCCUACAUGGGAAGAUCCAAUAAAUAAAUCUGGUGGAAAAUGGGUUUUGAACAUCUCUGGAAACAAUAGAGCAUCUUUCUAUGAUAUCGAUACAAUCUGGGAGAAUAUUGUUUUAGGUGUUGUAGGUGAGACUAUUGAUACAGAAAGAGAUAUUUGUGGUCUUGUUUUAAAUAAACGUUUUAAUCUCGAGAGAAUUUCCGUCUGGAACAGAGAUUCUUCGAAUUCGAAAGGCAUUGAAUCACUGAAAACCAACAUUUUAGAUACACUUCCACCCAACUCUAAUAACUCAAAACUCAAUAUCAAAUAUCAGAUACACAAUACCCAAAUGAACAAUUCACAAGGUUCCAUACCAACCAAUAACCCAACAGGCGCACCAACAACCACUGCCUCCUAA